GGCCUCCCCUGUUAAACAGACGUCAGGGUCCUGCGGCUGUAGGGUUUCGUGAACGUUUAGCUAGCUCGAACAGCGUUAACCGAGAUUGUCGGUAAGCUCAGACACGCUAGUAAACAUCAAAUAAACGGUUUAAAGGAGUGGAUACGUAAACAGUCUGGAUCCUCGAAAGGAUCGCUGACAAGCCCCGAAAUCACAGCCUCUUUCUCCAUCGCUGCUCGUCCUCCUGCCGUCCGCCCUCUUCUGUUUUCUGCCUCGUUCCCUCUUCAGCAUGGCGAUUCUACUCCUCCUCCAGCCGUGACGCUGAACCACCACCCUGGACCACCACCAUGGAGAGAAAACGCAGAAAGAAAUAAUUCUCGCUGCUCGGGCUUUUCACAGUAUGGACUGGUUUUAGAAGCUGUGGACCUGAAAAUGCUCCUUCGUCUCGGCUGAUCCUGAAAGUCUUGUUUAGAGCUCAAAAUGCUCCUGUUUCCCGUCUUGGUGUCCAUGUUUGUGGGGUUGCUGGCAGCCCUUCUGCCUGCAGUGGGGACGGAGCCGGAGCAGGGGGCCAAGCCAACCAUUGGCUCCACUCUGCUUCCCCUCCCCUCUCCGCAUGACUCCAACUGCUCCCACCUGACCGUCAAACUGGAGUUCUCCUCUGAGGUGGUGGAGCAUGAGUACAUCGUAGCGUUUACUGGCUAUUUCUCAGCCAAAGCUCGCAGUCUGUACAUCAGCAGCGCCCUUCGGGGUUCCCGCGACCAACAGCUGGAGUGGCACGUUGUUCCCAGAGAAAACCCCGCCUCCGACUUCCCCAGCGACUUUGAGCUGGUCCACAUCCGCCAGGCCUCCCCAAGCAGCCUGCUGACCUUGGAGGACCACCCUUACAUCAAGAGGGUGACGCCGCAACGCAAAGUGUUCCGCACCCUGAAAUAUGCUCCCUCACCUGAACCAGCGGCGCCCUGCAACGCCAAACCCGUGACCCAAAAGUGGCAGUCUUCGCGGCCUUUCAGGAGAACCAGCCUGUCGCUCGGUUCAGGCUUCUGGCACGCGACGGGGCGCCACUCCAGCCGGCGCCUGCUGAGAGCAAUCCCGCGACACGUGGCCCAGAUCCUGCAGGCAGAUGUGCUCUGGCAGAUGGGACACACUGGUUCUGGAGUGAAGGUGGCCGUGUUCGACACGGGUCUGAGUGAGAAACAUCCACACUUUAAGAACGUGAAGGAGAGGACCAACUGGACGAACGAGAAGACACUGGAUGAUGGACUGGGUCAUGGUACAUUUGUAGCAGGAGUUAUAGCCAGUAUGAGGGAGUGUCAGGGCUUUGCCCCCGAUUCAGAACUGCACAUCUUCAGGGUGUUCACCAACAACCAGGUUUCAUACACUUCGUGGUUCUUGGAUGCUUUUAACUACGCUAUCCUGAAGAAGAUCGAUGUUCUCAACCUCAGCAUCGGGGGACCGGACUUCAUGGACCAUCCAUUUGUCGACAAGGUGUGGGAGCUGACAGCCAACAAGGUCAUCAUGGUUUCUGCGAUCGGUAACGACGGGCCUCUGUAUGGAACCCUAAACAAUCCAGCUGACCAGAUGGACGUGAUCGGGGUUGGAGGAAUUGACUUUGAGGACAACAUUGCUAGAUUUUCCUCUAGAGGCAUGACCACGUGGGAGCUGCCCGGGGGCUACGGCAGAGUAAAGCCUGACAUCGUCACCUACGGCUCUGGAGUUCGGGGCUCUGGUCUGAAGGAAGGGUGUCGCUCUCUGUCCGGCACCAGUGUGGCCUCUCCUGUGGUGGCGGGGGCUGUCACACUGCUGGCCAGCACCGUCCUAAACCGCGAGCUGGUGAACCCGGCCUCCAUGAAGCAGGCUCUGAUCGCCUCGGCGCGCAGGCUGCCGGGGGUCAACAUGUUUGAGCAGGGCCAUGGCAAACUGGACCUGAUCCGAGCUUACCAGAUCCUGAACAGCUACAGACCCCAGGCCAGUCUUUCUCCGAGCUACAUUGACCUGACAGAGUGUCCAUACAUGUGGCCUUACUGCUCUCAGCCCAUUUACUAUGGAGGGAUGCCCACCAUCGUCAACGUGACCAUCCUCAAUGGCAUGGGAGUCACCGGCAGAAUCAUCGACAAGCCCAUCUGGCAGCCGUACCUUCCCCAGAACGGCGACCACAUUGAUGUGGCAAUCUCGUACUCCCCCGUGCUUUGGCCGUGGGCUGGUUAUCUGGCCGUGUCCAUUUCUGUGGCCAAGAAGGCGGCAUCGUGGGAGGGGGUGGCUCAGGGCCACGUGAUGGUCACAGUGGCUUCUCCUGCAGAGAAUGACUCAGAUGUGGGAGAGUUGACCUCCACAGUCAAACUACCCAUCAAGGUAAAGAUUGUCCCCACCCCGCCUCGCAGCAAGAGGGUGCUGUGGGACCAGUAUCACAACCUGCGCUACCCACCCGGGUACUUUCCCCGAGACAACCUCCGCAUGAAGAACGAUCCGUUGGACUGGAACGGGGACCACAUCCAUACCAACUUCAGGGACAUGUACCAGCACCUGAGGAGCAUGGGUUACUUUGUAGAGGUGCUGGGAGCCCCCAUCACAUGCUUUGAUGCCAGCCAGUACGGAACACUCCUGAUGGUUGACGGUGAGGAAGAGUAUUUCCCCGAGGAGAUCACCAAGCUGAGGAGGGACGUCGACAACGGGCUGUCACUCAUCGUCUUCAGUGACUGGUACAACACGUCUGUGAUGAGGAAGGUCAAGUUCUACGACGAGAACACCAGGCAGUGGUGGAUGCCAGACACAGGGGGCGCUAACGUACCAGCUCUGAAUGACUUGAUCUCAGUGUGGGGGAUGGCUUUCAGCGAUGGGCUGUAUGAGGGAGACUUCAGCCUGGCAGAUCAUGACAUGUACUAUGCCUCGGGCUGCAGCAUCGCCCGUUUCCCAGAAGAUGGGAUUGUGAUUGCCAAGAACCUGAAGGACCAAGGUCUGGAAGUGUUAAAGCAGGAAACGGCCGUGGUGGAGGGAGUUCCCAUCCUAGGACUGUACCAGACGCCGUCUGAGGGUGGCGGCCGGAUCGUUUUGUACGGCGACUCUAACUGUAUUGACGAUAGCCACAGGCAGAAAGACUGUUUCUGGCUGUUGGAUGCACUGCUGCAGUACACCUCCUACAGUAUGACCCCUCCCAGCCUUAGCCACUCGCACAGCAGGGUAUCGCCUCCCACUGGUUCAGAGCACCCACUGCCACAGAGACUGGAAGGCAACCAUCUCUACCGCUACUCCAAAGUUCUAGAGGCUCACCUGGGAGACCCAAAGCCCCGCCCCCUUCCAGCCUGUCCCCACCUGUCAUGGGCAAAGCCACAGCCCCUUAAUGAGACAGCCCCCAGUAACCUGUGGAAACACCAGAAGCUCCUGUCUGUGGAUCUGGACAAAGUGGCUCUGCCCAACGUGAAGUCGUACCGGCCCCAGGUCCGACCCCUGUCCCCGGGGGAGAGCGGGGCCUGGGACAUCCCCGGAGGGAUAAUGCCGGGUCGCUACAACCAGGAAGUGGGUCAGACCAUCCCCGUGUUUGCCUUCCUGGGAGCUAUGGUUGUCCUGUCCUUCUUUGUGGUUCAGCUCACCAAGGCCAAGAGCAAACCCAAGCGCAGGAAGCCCCGCAUCAAACGGCCCACAUACCUGCAGCAGCAGACGAGCACAGGGAAAACCCCCACGGUGUGACUGAGCGAUUCGGCUGCUCCAGAGCCGAACUGCUAGCCGGGCUGAGGCUGGUGAAGUGGAACCGUCGAGGCGGACCACAGGUUUUUAAGCCGGAAAACUCAUGGAAAGUGUUUUUUUGUGCCUCCUGUGUUUUCACGGUUGGUGUUUGUGUGUUUGUGGACCAAUGAACGGUAUUCAACGAACUGGUCAGGUUAAACACACCUGGAAACACCAGCUCCGGCCCAGGCAGAUGAGGAGACACUGCCCCCAUGAUUCCCUCCUCACCUUUGAGCAAUCAACUGAACUUUCUUAUUUUUUUUAUUUAUUGAAUCUGUCAGAAUGACAGAGAAGUUUCCGUUUUAAGAAAAAAGAAGUUGGCACACAGCUGCAGGUCUCUGCAGCCCAGGGAUGAUCAGAGAGGUUUUCUAAGUCUUGUUCACAUUUGUGCAUUGUUUUUAUAUUUUAUAUAUGAAACAAACUCUGGUUGGGCUUUCUGUUCAAGCAUUACUCAUGAUCUUACUGUUAACAGAAGGGGUGUUUAUGUAUAAUCCAUCAAAUAAAAAGCAUUAUCAAAAUGA